UCACUGUUAGUUUUUCAUCAUCGCUGUGGCUGAUCAGGCGAGCUUAAUCGAUGGUUUCUAAAACUGAACAAGGUAGUGGAGAAAUUGAAAGAAUGGCGCGGGUGGUGUUUCUCCAUCCGGAUCUUGGUAUUGGAGGUGCAGAGCGACUGGUGGUUGAUGCUGCUGUUGCCCUAAAGUCUCAAGGAUGCAGUGUUCAGAUUUGGACCGCCCAUUAUGAUCCAAAACACUGCUUCUCGGAGACCCGAGACCCAGAUCUUCCUGUGGUAUGUGCUGGCGACUGGUUACCCACCAGUAUAUUCGGCUACCUGCAUGCUCUGUGUGCGUACCUCCGGAUGAUUUAUGUGGCCUUCUACCUGGUCUUCCUGAGCGGUGUGGAGUAUGAUGUCAUCGUUUGUGAUCAGGUAUCUGUGUGUAUACCGGUGCUGCGGUUGUCCCGACACAGGAAGAAAGUUCUGUUCUACUGUCACUUUCCGGACCAGCUGCUGACCCAGAGGAAGUCAGGCCUGAAGAAGCUCUAUAGAGCUCCUAUUGACUGGUUGGAAGAACGCACCACUGGGAUGGCUGACAUGAUUUUAGUGAACAGUCAGUUCACUGCAGGCGUCUUCAGGGAGACCUUCCGCAGUCUUAACCGCGUCCAGCCCGACGUCCUCUACCCGUCCCUCAACACUAACACGUUCGAUCAGAUGUCGACGGAAGCACAGGGCCUGCAGGGUCUGCUUCCUGAGGGAGUAUCCCACCUGUUUCUGUCUCUGAACCGAUACGAGAGAAAAAAGAACCUGGGCCUCGCUCUGGAGGCUCUGGCGGUCCUGAGAUGCAGCCUCACGCCCGCUCAGAGAGCGGGUGUUCACCUGGUGGUCGCCGGGGGCUACGAUGACCGAGUUACUGAGAACGUCCAGCACUACAACGAGCUGAGUGAACUGGCUGAGCAGCUCCACUUGGAGGACUGCGUCACCUUUAUGCGCUCUCCCUCAGACUCCGUGAAGGUGGUGCUGCUGCAGACCGCCACCGCAGUGCUGUACACCCCCAGCAGAGAACACUUUGGGAUCGUUCCCGUAGAGGCCAUGUACUGCAGCUGUCCUGUUAUCGCCGUGAACUCCGGGGGCCCCCUGGAGAGCAUAGCUGAUGAGGAGACGGGCUUCCUGUGCGAGCCCACGGCCGAGGCCUUCUCUAAGGCCAUGGAGAGGCUUAUCAGGGACUCGCGCCUCCGCAGGGACAUGGGACUAGCUGGGAGGAGAAGGGUGGAGGAGAGGUUCUCUCUUCAGGCCUUCUCAAACCAGCUCUAUGGGUAUAUUGUCCAGCUGAGCAAGUGAUGGGAAGGGAGGACGAAAACUGUGGAAAUGUGGAACUGAACAACUGCGGCAUCUCAAAAACUAAAUAUCUUACUGUUUUCGGUGUAGAUUCAUCAAGAAAUGGAAGUCAAUUCAUUAAUAUUGAUAAAAAUGACUAGCAAUAGGAAAAAUAUUCUGGCAGAUUAUUAUGGGAAAAUGUCUUGCUCCUCUGGCAGAUUAUUUCACUUAUAGUACUUAUUUUUGUCAAUUUUAAGCAGUUAUUGACUUAAAAUAAUCUAUUAUCUGGUCCUGAAAAGUAAGUCAGUUUUGUCUUGUUUCUAGUGUACUAAAAUAUUUGUACUAGAAACUAUACCAAAAACAUUAAGAUUUUGUGUGUUUUUGUCACUUGGAUGUUA